UCCCCAGACGGGGGGGAUGAGUCACAGCCCUGCCCGGCUCCCAGACGCCUCCGGGGCAUCGCUGCCCCUUGGCCUGCCUUGCUCUUGCUCCUGCCCUUGCCCGGCCUGGCCUGGUCCGGUUCGGUCCGGUCUGGUCCGGUCCUGCCCGCUCCGGUUGGACCCCCCACCCCCCCCUCACCGGCCUCUGCUUCCUCGAGGGGCCCGGGACGGGGGAGGAGCGGGGCCUUGCCCGGUCCUUGCCCGGCGGGCCCGAAGGAGCGGACAUGUCUCAUGCGGCGGCCGAGCCAGGCCGGGACGGAGCCGAGUCCACCGUAUUCGUGCUGCUGGAGGACGGGCGCUCGGACGACGCCGUUCAGCUGCUCAGCCUGAAUUCCCUCCUGCCAGAAUCUGGCAUCGUCGCGGACAUUGAACUAGAAAACAUCCUGUCCCUGACCCAGGACAGCUUCUACGAGCUGAAGAGCCAACCCCUAGGCACCAGCCUCCCCGCCCUGCAGAGCCCCCCGGGCCCGCCGGCAGCGGCCCCCGGCGCCCCCGGCCUGCCCGUCGGGGCCUCCACCAUGUCGUCGCGCGUCCUGUUGCGCCAACAGCUGAUGCGGGCCCAGACGCAGGAGCAGGAGCGGCGGGAGCAGCAGCAGCAGGCGGCGUCGGCCCAGUUUCUGGCGGAGCGGGCCGCCCCUCCCGUCCCCGCCACCCCCGCCAUCAGCGUCAACAGCGCCAUGGGCCGGCCCGCACCCGCCCAGGUGCCCAUGGAGGUUCUGAAGGUCCAGACGCACCUGGAGAACCCCACCAAGUACCACAUUCAGCAGGCCCAGCGGCAGCAGGUGAAACAGUACCUGUCCACCGCACUGGGCCCCAAGCUGGCUUCCCAGGCCUUGGCGCCGCCCGUGCCUCCGCCCGCCCCCAGCCCGCAACCCGAGGGCCCGGUCCUGCCCCCGCCCAGCGGCAGUGCCCCCAACAGCCCCAUGGCCAUGCUCAACAUCAGCUCCAACUCAGAGAAGGAGAUCGAUGAUGUCAUCGAUGAAAUCAUCAGCCUAGAGUCAAGUUACAAUGACGAGAUGCUCAACUACCUGCCCGGAGGAGGGGCCGGGCUGCAGCUGCCCAGCACGCUGCCGGUGUCCGGGAACCUCCUGGACGUCUACAACGGGCAAGGCGUGACGACCCCGGCCAUCACUGUGAGCAAUUCCUGCCCGGCUGACCUGCCCAACAUCAAGAGAGAGAUCUCAGAGAAUGAGGCGAAGGCCCUCCUGAAGGAGCGGCAGAAGAAGGACAAUCACAACCUGAUCGAGCGGCGGCGGCGUUUCAACAUCAACGACCGCAUCAAAGAGCUGGGCACCCUGAUCCCCAAGUCCAAUGACCCGGAGAUGCGCUGGAACAAAGGCACCAUCCUGAAGGCCUCCGUGGAUUACAUCCGCAAGCUGCAGAAGGAGCAGCAGCGUUCCAAGGACAUGGAAAGCCGGCAGCGCAGCCUGGAGCAGGCCAACCGCAGCCUGCAGCUCCGCGUCCAGGAGCUGGAGCUGCAGGCCCAGAUCCACGGGCUCCUCCCCGCCCCGCUGCCCCCCGACACGCCGAAGCCCGGGCGCCCGGAAGAGGGGGGCUCCUUCCUGGCCGCCCGGCCGCCCCCUCACCCUCCCACCGACUCCAUCCUGGACCUCAACUUCUCCAGCGAUUCCCUGGGGGAGUUAGGGGACCCGUUCCAGCUGGGGCUGGGGCCCGACACGGCCAUCGAGGACAUUCUGAUGGAGGAGGGCGGCCCCGCCGGCUUGUCCCCCCUCGGGGCCGCCGACCCCCUGCUCUCCUCCGUCUCCCCCGGCGCUUCCAAAGGCAGCAGCCGCCGCAGCAGCUUCAGCAUGGAAGAGGACUCGUGAUGAACCCUGCUCUGCCCUUACAGACUCAGGCUGUCAGCCCCCUGAGGCUCACACUUCCACCUCUGGGCUCCCUUCUCAGCUCCGUCCCCGCCUCAGAAGGGCCCGUGUGCUCUCUGCAGCCCACCCCAAGCCGGAGGGACUCCCCGGACCCGGGCAUCUCCGCCUGCCCCCCAACCGUGCCACUACACUUUCCCUUCAUCUCCUGUUCCCUCACUCUCUCUCUUCCGAGGCCCUUCCCUGGAAGGGAGCACUGGGGUGCCGGAGGUGACGGGACGGAGGGGGAUGAGGACGAGAGCCAGUCGAGGCCUUCUGCCCGGGGAGGGCUCCAGUUCCUCCUCCGUCGCCCGAGGGAGGGAGACCCUCUGGCCCCAGGGCCCUCAAGGAGGGUCCCGAACCCUCUCGGUGUUGCUGAGUAGGAGAAAUGGAAAACCGAGGCUGCCCGGCUUCCCGGCGUCUUCCUUUAAGGGGGCUGCUCUGGGGGCAAGAAGGCAGAGUGAGGAAGCAUCCCAGGGGAGGGAAUGGAGUUUAGGCAGGAGGGCUCCCCUGGGCUUCCCCGCUCCCACUGGACAGAGGUGGGGGGGAGUGGGGGGAAUAAUCUCCCAUCACUUCCCCUUCCCUCCCCGCAGGACAAAGGGAGCCAUCCACGGCUCCAGUCUCCUCGCCCCGGGCUGGCGGACUUCACCCCGGAGGUGGCCUGAAAGCGGGGUGGGCAGGGCAGGCCGUCGUGUGCCCUGGGGGCUGGAUGCCAUGUUGCCCUCCAGCUCCGAUUCGCUGACAUUUUUUUUUAAAGGACGUUGGGAGGGGGCACUCUUUACAUUUUUUUUUUUAAUUGAAACUGAGACCCCGGCCCAACAUCACGGCCUCUGCCUAAAGCUGAGAAAUAAAUCAUACCGGCCCCCUG